UGAAGCGGGAAAAAGUUGAUGAAAAAUCAGUGGAACUGUGUUAGUGAUAUUGUGGCAGGUUGGAGCGUGGGAAAUUGUUUACUUCGAGUUGAACAAUCAAAAAGUGAAUCUCGUUCGAAACCAUGGAUAGAACAAUGUACGGCAAAAUCGAUCCGGGAGCUCGUCAACCUUAUCGAACAGCUCGUAGCAAGGGCAUUCUACCAGGCUAUGCUCUUCUAGCUGAUCUGCAAAACAGUGUGCCAGGUCAACCGCAACAUCCUCAGCCGCAAUAUGGAACUGUCCAGCCCAAGCAUCAACCUUUGCAGCAUCAGCAACCACAGCAGUUUGUUGACAACACUCCAGGUUAUGGAAGUCUCAGGGGCAAGGCCCAGCCUCAGGUGUAUCAAGAGCACUAUAGCGUAGAGACGCGCUCGCCAACGGCAGGACAGGACUUCAAUGGCUCCUCGACGAUUCCAGGCUACGCCAACCAGGGAUCCCUGCCCCGUCAAGCGGCACCGGGAAACACAGGACUCUCAGAACUGGACUCCUUGCUGCAGGAUCUGCAGAAUGCUCGCUACAAUGGGGCGGAUAAAAAGGAUGUCGAUGUACCGGUGAACUACAGCACUCCAGUCUCGAAAUACAAUACGAUUAAUAGCUAUGCCACCGUGGAGGAGCGUCCCACAAUGGACAGCCUGCUGAAUGAACUAGACAAUGCUCACAUCUAUGCCGUGCCUAAUGGAUCUGCACACAAAUCACCGACGCCGGGACGCCAUGUCACCAUCACUGUACGUGAAACGAAGACGGAGAAGCUAUCGGGUCCCGAUGGUCCAGUUGGCACGGUGGAAGAACAGAUUGUGCACCAGAAAGAUUCUUAUACACCCAACCAUGCUGUUCCGGGUCAACAGGUGCAUCAGGCUUAUACGUCGCAGGCCACCAAGGAACUGGAUGACCUCAUGGCGUCGCUUUCCGACUUUAAGGUUAGCAACGGAACAAACGGCAUUGGAAACGGAAACGGCAGUCAUCCGCAACAGCACUCGUCGACAGUGCAGCACCAGACGGUAACCGACUACGCCAGACCGAACAAGGGCAGCCAGCAGGCCCAUCUCACCCAGACGAUCGAGGAGACGACCAUCGUCGAGGACAGUCGCGAGGAUCAGUUGGAUUCUAUGCUAGGCAAUUUACAAGCGAACAUGAGUCGCCAAGGAGUCAAUACCGUGCAGAAGGGCUGCUGCAAUGCCUGCGAGAAGCCCAUCGUUGGCCAGGUGAUCACCGCUUUGGGCAAGACAUGGCAUCCGGAGCACUUCACGUGCAACCACUGCAGCCAAGAGUUGGGCACACGCAACUUCUUCGAGCGCGACGGCUUCCCCUAUUGCGAGCCGGACUACCACAAUUUGUUCAGCCCGCGCUGCGCCUACUGCAAUGGCGCCAUUCUGGACAAGUGCGUCACCGCACUGGACAAGACCUGGCACACGGAGCACUUCUUCUGCGCCCAGUGCGGCCAGCAGUUCGGCGAGGAGGGAUUCCAUGAGCGCGACGGCAAGCCCUACUGCCGCAACGACUACUUCGAGAUGUUCGCCCCGAAGUGCAACGGCUGCAACCGGGCCAUCAUGGAGAACUACAUCUCGGCGCUGAACUCGCAGUGGCAUCCGGACUGCUUCGUCUGCAGGGACUGCCGACAGCCCUUCCAGGGAGGAUCGUUCUUUGACCACGAGGGACUACCGUACUGUGAGACUCACUACCAUGCCAAGCGAGGAUCACUGUGCGCCGGGUGCUCGAAACCCAUCACCGGACGCUGCAUCACGGCCAUGUUCAAGAAAUUCCACCCGGAACACUUUGUCUGCGCCUUCUGUCUCAAGCAAUUGAACAAGGGCACUUUCAAGGAGCAGAAGGACAAGCCGUACUGCCACACCUGCUUCGACAAGAUAUUCGGUUAAAUUCGCAGCUGCCAAACCCUAGUUAUGGAUAUAAUACUGUUUUUUAUACGAUUUACGAACCCUAUCCCACACGCACCCUACACACACACACACACACCUAUUUACCGUGCAUCUGUGCUUUGUAUAACCGAGUCAAUUUAGUAAUUUAAUUAACGCCAUUCGAGCAGGAUACGAUAAUAGAAUGCAAUCGUAAUCAAUUAGCAGACACUAAUCCUAAUCAAUUAUGUUGGUCACUUUGAUAUUGCUAAUCGUUCGAAAAGAAAAAGACCACAGAAUGAUAAAUAAAUAAAUAUGAGAAAGCCAAAA